GUUUCAAAGUUGUCCGCUGCAGUUGGAUCGGUAGUAUCGGUUGAUGUGAGUGUAUCAAUAUUCAAAUCUUGCUGCAUUAUCUGUGCAAAUCGGGUUAAGUCAAUAGAGGAAUGCGUAUUCGCAGUGAUAUUCAAAUAUUAAACAUGCAGUGUCGGAAAUAAAGUUGCAUCAUCACCAAUUAAAAUUAAGUUUGUUUUUUGAAGAAUUCUCGAAAACGGUUUUGAGGAAAAGUCCUUUUUUUAUACUCAACUAAACCAAGUGCAAGGUAAUUGGCGAUAUAAUGGCAGCCAAGCGGAAUGCAGUGACCACGGAAGCUCCGGAAUCGUCGGCGCCCGGCGAAGGUACCGCCCUUGCCCUGGACUCCCGCCUCUCAAAAAGAGUGGAGAGCGUCAUCCCCAAGAAGCGUCAUGAAGCUCUCAAGUGGUUCGGAUGGGGCUAUAACGAUUCGCAGUUUUAUGGCCAAGAUGGUGUCAUCUGUUUUCGUGGUGAAAGGUAUCCCCUUGGUGGCUGCGAGCUGCCCAGCUUCACCAAGUGGGUGGAGAAAAAGUUUGACUUGCGAGUGGAUCCCACCAAGCCGUAUCCUCAGUUGCCGCGAUCGUAUCCUCGACCAGUGGAGAAUGCCCCAUUCCUACACGAACUAAAGGGUACUACAAAAGUGGAUUUCUCACUGGAGGGGAUUGAUCGGCUGGUGCGGUGUCAUGGACAGACCCUUAACGAUAUAUACAGUUUGUGGCACCACAAGUUCCGGAGGAUUCCCGAUGUGGUGGUGUGGCCACGAUGUCAUGAUGAAGUAGUUCAGUUGGUGCGGCUGGCCCACAAGCAUAAUGUGAUGCUGGUGCCUUUUGGUGGAGGAACAAGUGUAUCGGGAGCAAUUACCUGUCCCCAGAACGAAAGUCGGAUGAUCUGCGCUUUGGACACCUCUCAGAUGAACCGACUGCUGUGGUUAAAUCGGGAGAAUCUCACCGUGUGCUUUGAAUCCGGCAUUGUGGGUCAGGAUUUGGAGAGAGUGUUAAGGAGCGAGGGUCUCACAGUUGGCCAUGAACCAGAUUCCUAUGAGUUCAGCACCCUGGGAGGAUGGGUGGCCACCCGGGCAUCUGGCAUGAAGAAGAACGUCUACGGGAAUAUAGAAGAUCUGGUGGUGAGAGUGCGGAUGGUAACACCUUCGGGAACUUUAGAACGGGAAUGCAGUGCACCGCGUGUGAGUUGUGGACCGGACUUUAACCACGUCAUCAUGGGCUCCGAGGGCACGUUAGGAGUAAUCACCGAAGUAGUUCUCAAAGUUCGCCCCUUGCCAAAGGUUAGGCGUUAUGGAUCCCUAGCCUUUCCCAACUUUGAGCAAGGAGUACUCUUCAUGCGUGAAGUGGCCAGGAGGAGAUGCCAACCCGCCUCUGUCCGUUUGAUGGACAAUGAACAGUUUAUGUUUGGCCAGGCCUUAAAGCCGGAGAAGUCCUGGUGGGCUAGUGUGGUGGAUGGAAUGAAGCAGCGCUACGUUACCUCCUGGAAGGGCAUUGAUCUCAAUCAGAUCUGUGCGGCCACCUUGCUUUUCGAGGGCGAUUUAAAGGAUGUUCAGCGGCAGGAAGCGCUCAUCUAUGAGAUUGCCGACAAGUUCCAGGGAUUUCCAGCGGGCGGACAAAACGGGGAACGCGGCUAUAUACUCACCUUUGUGAUUGCUUAUAUAAGGGACUUUGGUCUGCAUCAGGGAAUUGUGGCUGAGUCCUUCGAGACCUCUGUGCCUUGGGAUCGUUGCAGCCUGCUUUGUCGCUCUGUAAAGCAACGAGUUGUCUCUGAGUGCCACCGGCGUAGCAUUAACUAUUACACGAUUUCGUGUAGAGUCACACAAACCUAUGAUGCCGGUGCCUGCAUCUACUUUUACUUUGGAUUCCGCAGUACGGAUGUCUCAGAUCCCGUGGAGCUGUUCGAGGCCAUUGAGCACAGUGCUCGGGAUGAGAUCUUGUCAUGCGGUGGAUCCUUGUCCCAUCACCAUGGCGUUGGAAAAAUUCGAAGUCAUUGGUAUCGCAAUGCUGUCACCGAUACAGGCAGUUCACUGUACUCGGCUGCCAAACGGCAUCUCGACCCAAAGAAUAUCUUUGCUUUGGGUAAUCUCCUGCCGAUAGAGGAGGUUCCUGCAAAGACAGAGGUUCCAGCAUCGACACCACCAAAGGCCAAACUGUAGAGGGUAGCCCACUUAGUUCAUUUACUAGUCUUAGUCACUUUAAUGAUUUCCUAGUCGCUCUUGGGGGUUCGGGUCUCCAGUUCUUUUGUAGCGGGCUCAUGUUUUCUAUGGGUUUUGAUAAAUAAAUGGAAUAUUUAUAAGUCA